CCGCAGGCACUGCGCACGACGCAAUGUCAGCAGACUAAACUUUAGUAAACGCUUCCCUCGUCGCUUCCCUCCUUAUACUACUGCAACCAUCAUGCUUAGUUUUUCCGAUGUGAUAUUUGUGCUAGGGACCUUGGGCUUGUCAUUGGCAAUCUUGGUACCACUAGCUGGCACAUUGGUGCGCUUCAGGGCACACUACAACCCAAAGGGUCUGCAACUUGACUCAGAGGGCGGCGUGCAACCCCAUACUGGUCCAGUCAUCUCAUCCUUCUUUGCAAUGUUGAGAAGGGUACACAGAAUCGAAGGUUGGCUAGGACUAUACAAGGGAUUGAUGCCUUCGUUGUUGUCAAGUCUCGUCAUCACCUUCUUCUUGGUAAUUUUCUUGAGUGACAGUAACCUUCGCCACGGAACAUACAGCGCCCCUGAUGCUGGCGCCGUCGGCAUACUCUUCUAUAGUAUUUUUGCCAUGCUUGUAUCUCUUCCGCAGGUAAUCAUCACGAACCGCGCAAUAACCACACCCCAUAAGCUGCCGUACUUGAACGCAAUUUACUCACUCCGUGUUCUCCUGACACCCACUGAGCGCCGGAAACCUUGGAUUCUUUAUCUCACGCCUGGUCUCCUAGCCGUUCAAGUGGCUCACAUCGCCUACGUCGUUCUCGGUCUGCGGACCAUCCGGCAGCUCCUUCUCCCAGGACUCGCCAAUCCAGGCUUUCCCAACCGAGAUGAGAUCUCUCCCGUCAAGGCCACCAUCUUCUUGGUCAUCGCGCUUCUGAGCACAGCCAUUCUUACCCCCUUGGAAGUCAUUGCCAUCAGGCUUUCUAUCCAACGGAACCACGCAGCCCCUGAAUUCAACUCCAUCUCACAGGAAGAGGAUGGCGACGCCGAGGAAGCAACGGAGUACGCCGGUGCUGACGAGGAUGUCAUUGGCCUGAGAACCGAGAGGGAGCCGUACAUCGGCUUGGUUGAUUGUGCGAAGAGGAUUAUCGAAGAGGAAGGCUGGAGCGCGCUUUAUCGUGCAUGGUGGUUGACGACGUUGGGCAGCCUGAGCGGCGCACUUUCAUAAAGAUUCUCAUUUCUGAUCCAUGCCGACUUUCCACAACGGACCGUAUCUCGGAUCGCGAAGACGACGUUCGAAUCGGAACACACUCUGUAUUAACGUUGUACUUAGCCGCCGCCCAUUAAUUCAUCUGACAGUUGCCUGCAUCAUGUUCAAUGUACGUACGUCGUGCGUGAGAUGGCC